UUUCAUACACAGUGUUCCCAAUUUAAUAUUUUUUUAUAAGAAAAAAAAUUAUCAUCAUUAUUAUUAGUAGUAUUAUUAUUCUUGAGGCUUGUUGCUGCUCCGGAUCUGGUUGUGUAUUAGAGCUUUAGUUGAUUACACACACACACACACACACAGGGGGCUGGCUAAAGGAGCUAGCUAGCUAAAGUUAAGCUUUAUUCAUAAACUAAUCCCAGCGAUAAACAACCUCGAGACGAGUCGGAACAAGACCAGUCUCAGGGCUCACCAUACUCAAUGAGCGUGCAGCGCAAUGUCAGAGCGCUCUGGGCAACAAGCAAAGGGGAAGGAUGGCAAAACCAAGUAUGCGUCUCUCAACCUGUUUGAUACCUACAAAGGAAAGAGCCUUGAAGUACAGAAGCCUGUUGUUGCCCCUCGUCAUGGCUUGCAGUCUCUCGGUAAAGUUGCCUCUGCACGGCGCAUGCCCCCCCCAGCCAACCUGCCCAGUUUGAAGGCGGAGAACAAAGGCAACGACCCCAACGUCUCGCUCGUUCCCAAAGACGGCACAGGAUGGGCAAGCAAGCCAGAAUCAGCAGACCCAAAGAGUACCGAUGUAUCGUCAGCACCGCAGCCGGAGUCGCAGCAGCCUGCGGUUUCACAGACACCUGCGCCGCCGAGCCUGCCGAAAACCCCUCCGGCUCAAGAGGCCCCAACUACAGCUACCGCCGCAGGGACAAGGUCCUGGGCUCAGGCCAGUGUUACACUUGGAGUACAAGGAGAUGGUGGAAAGGGAUCAAACCAACCGUCGCCAUUCUCUCGCGAGGAAUUUCCCACCCUGCAGGCGGCGGGCGACCAGGACAAAGCUGGCAAAGAACAGGCCACUGCAGAUCAGUGGUAUGGGCCAGGACCAAGCCUCCGCCCCCAGAAUGUGACGAGUUGGCGGGAUGGUGGGGGCCGCGGACUGGCGCCCACCAUAGCUGGGGAGGGGGUAGCGGAGGGCGGUGUUGGAGGAGCCAUGGGAAUGGAGGGCGCGCAUGGGGCCCCUCUACUUCAGAAUCCCCCCCAUGGGCCACCUAGAAACCCGCCUUCAGGUAGCCCCACCCUUCCCCUCCCCCAGCCUCCGGUUGGCCCGCAGUUCCCUGCUUACAGAGGAAUCAUGCCUCCCUUUAUGUACCCACCAUACUUGCCCUUUCCACCACCGUUCGGUCCACAAGGGCCGUACAGGUUUCCAGCACCUAGUGAGGCCCCUAGAUUCUCUCGUUCACAGGGUGGGCCUGGACCAGAGGGGAGACCACCCGGUGGCCCCCGUGGUGAGAUGGUUAAACGCCCCUCUAUCCUAAAGCAGGAUGACCUCAAGGAGCUGGAUGAGCUAGACCAUGAUGGAGACGAAGGAUGGGCUGGGGCGCAAGAGGAGAUUGACUACUCUGCCAAGUUAAAGUUCAGCGAUGAUGAAGGUGAAGAUGAUGGGGAUGAAGAAGAGGCUGAAAGCCGGAAUGGAAUUCUGGAACACAGGGAGCAGCAGAAAUCCCAAGACGGACCUGCUCCGAGUUCACGUUCCUGGACGUCCGAGAGCGGAGGCGAUGCGAGGCAGACACCUCCUGUACCUGCUGAUGAGGUCACCCCAGCACCCUCCGGCAAGCCAAACUGGGCCGAGGAGGGAGGAAGCGGCUGGGGGGGUCAGACUAGUGCCGGACCCUACCAGCAGGAGCGGGCCUCAAACCAGUCAGCCCCCCAGAAGCCGCCUGGCGUUCAGGCGCAACAGCAGAAGGGACCUACACCUCCUCCUUCGAACGCCCAGCCAAACCAAGGGCAGGGUGAAGACGAAGAUGAGACGUGGCGUCAGCGGAGGAAGCAGUCAUCGUCAGAGAUAUCAGCGGCGGUGGAGCGUGCCCGGCGCCGCCGCGAGGAAGAGGAGCGUAGGAUGGAAGAAGAGCGCCGGGCUGCUUGCGCGGAAAAGUUGAAGAGGCUGGAUGAGAAACACCACCAACAGCAGCAGCAACAACAGCAGCCACAGCAGCAGCAGCAACAACAACAACCGCCGCCGCAGAUGCCGAAUGCUGCUGUCGAUGUUCCUGUGAACAGCCCCACUCCUUCCCUCACAGCUUCAGCUUCUUCAUCCAGCACCAGUCAGCCCCCUUCACCCUGUGUGGACACGGAGGAACCGCCACUCGCAUCUGCUCAGUUGGGUGGCGCUACACUGGUGCUAACAGCUAAUAACAGACAAAGGGCCGGGAGCAACAGCAGCUAUGACUCUAAUGCUGAGACGCAGCAGGUCCCUCAUCCUCCUGUCCCUCAGCAUCAGCAACCUCAAGACGUCCCAGGACCAGGUGAAGUAAAGGAGGAGCCCGUGUCGAGCAGCGCUCACGUUCGCAGCAGUAGAAGUGCAGACGAGACAGUGAAGGUAGAGGCAGUUACAGGGGGAACUGGACGGCCAGGGGGUGGAAUGCCUGGCCAGGGCUUUUCCAAGUAUCAGAAGUCCCUCCCACCUCGUUUCCAGAGGCAACAGCAGGAACAGCUCCUGAAACAGCAGCAGCAGUGGCAGCAGCAGCACAGCCAGGCUGCCCAAGUCCAGCUCCAGUCUCAAGCACCUCAGCAGGGCCCGACUCCCGGUGCCACACCACAGGCAGGCCCUAAACAGCCUGCCCUAUACCCACCUGGCUCCAUGGGACGCCCUCCGCCCCUGCCCAUAAACUUUGAUCCUCGGUGGAUGAUGAUGCCCUACAUGGACCCUCGCAUGAUGCAGGGGCGCCCUCCACCCAUGGAUUACUAUCCAGCCAGCAUGCACCCCACUGGCCUAAUGAGUCGGGAGCGCUCAGAUUCUGGUGGCUCUGGCUCAGAGCAGUUUGAUAGGCAGCAACAUGGAGGCCCCCCUCAUUCUCAUCGUGGCACACCACCCAUGGAUCCUAAACUGGCUUGGGGACCAGAGGUUUUUUCGGGGGGCGGAGAGGCUCGCACCUUAAGUUCUCCCUUAAGGCAGAAACAAGCUCUGGAGGAGGAGGACAUGGUCAAAGGUUCCAGGAGUGACACUCCUCCAGUGCGCGGUCGAGACGGAGGAACAGGUUCCAUUCAACCGCCUAUUGUGGGCCCUAACUCUUCUUCUGGCUCCACCGAUCAGGCGAUAUCCCCUGUGGGGACUCAAGCUGGCCAUCACCAGCCCUUCUUGGGAGGGCGUGGAAAUUACAGCAGCUUCCCAGAUAAUGCAUCCCGGGUGGUUUCUCAUCCACAGCAGAGGGUUAAUAGUGCUGGAGAGCAUCGCGGCUUUGGCCAUCAAGAUGAGGCUCAACAGGGUGGCCAGCCGAGUCCGAUUUGGGGUGCUCCACAUCCGCAAUUUGACCGCAAUGGCCGUGCUGAACUCGCCCCUUUGGAAAACAAUCUCCAUUUGCAGCAUCAUCACACUCUUCCCCCGCAUUACACUCUCCUUCCACACAAACAAGAGAACAGUAGAGAGCGGGAUAGAGCAGCAGAGCCCAAGAAGCCUGAAACCUCUCCUCCACUUGCCCAGCCAGGCCUUUCUUCCUCCUGCUCUUCUUCUUCCUCCUCCUCUUCAGCCAGAGAGGACGGCAGUGGAAAGCAAGCACUACAUCACCCCCCACCCCAGCAUGAGCAUGACAACGGACAUAGAGGGGUUGGUGGACGGAAACAGGACAAAACGGGCAGUACCUACCCUCACACACAGCCCUCCCAGCAUCCAGUGCAGCAGCACCACCAUCCCAAAUCUAACUCUCGUGGUCGGGAGCAAAAGACUGAAACUCAGUGGGGCCCAAGGCCCGGAAGCAGUAGUGCAAGUGGCGGACCUGGACAUAACAGAAAGGGGGGCUCUGGGAUGGGUGGAAACACUGGAGGGGAAGAAUUGAACAGUCAGAUCGAUAAGCCUCCUGUUCAGUCAGGAGGUGGGAACCCCAACAAGCGGAUGGGUCCUAUUAAGCGUCCUGUGCUGAAGGAGAUAAAGAGGGAGAUUGGUGAGGGUGAAGGAGGAGUGAAAAACGCUGUAGGGUCUGCAAAAGAUAAAGACCAUGAUGCCAAUCAAGCAUCAGCUAAGCAAGCAUCUGUCUCCAGUUCUCAAGGCUCAUCUGGACCUUCUGGGAAAGAUGAAAGCGCUCCACCAGGAAAGCUAAGAAAUGGUGGCAAGGAGCGAGGUGCCGGAGGAGGUAUGGGUAAAGCGUCCAAAGAAGGAGAAAACUCUGUCCAUGCCACUGGCUCUUCAGUUCCACCUCGGAGAGUCAGAGAGCAUUCCUAUGAGACUAGUGCCAAUCCAGGGGGCGGUACGUACCAUGCAGGGUCUUCCAGAGGAAGCCGAUCGAGCCGUGGAAGGGGUGAGUUCUUUGGUCGAGGCAGAGGUUACAGGGGCAGUUAUGCAGGCAGUGCACGUGGUAGGGCAGGGGGCAGAAGCAGUCGAGACUACAGAUCCAUUCCCAACAGCGGCUAUCAGCACGGGUCCUCUAACCAAGACCAUAAGAGAGAGGGAUCAUCUGGCAGACAUGGCCAGGGAGGCUCUCAACCAAACCCUGGACGUGCCAGGAACCACAGCGAAACCCGAAGUGAGGGCUCGGAGUAUGAAGAAGUGCCGAAAAGAAGGCGGCAAAGGGGCUCUGAGACGGGCAGCGAGAGUGCUGCUAGUGACCUUGCACACUCUGACAAGGAGGAUCACAAGCCAACUACCAAGAAAGGAACAGGAGGAGAGAAUCUAGGUGUGGGCAAUGCAUCAUCGUCAGCACCACCAAGAAACACCCAGACCAGAGUGUUCACCCCUAGGGGAGUGCCGUCUCGACGUGGCCGUGGUGGAGGUGCAGCUGGAGGGGGUGUCUACAGAAAUUCAGGCGGUGGAGGAGGUAUGUCUGGCGGCCACCGUUCUGGGCCUGGUUCUUCUUCUCAAGGUAUGUCUGCUAAAUCAUCUUCAUCGGCCAGAAAGCAACACGCACCCCAGCAGCCUUCUGUGAUAAAAGAACAUAGCCAUGGAUCUAAUGGAGAAAAGAAAGAGAAGCUUACUGACCAGGUGCAGUCUCAGAUCCAGGGUGUGAAUGCUCCAUUAAUCUCUGGCCCUACGGUGCCCACACCUGCUCAGUUGGGCAACGAAAAUGGCAGUGCCCCCCAAACCUUAAACAACACCAAUUCAAAUUCCUCUGGACCCAAACCAGUUCUUUUGCCCAAUGCGGAUGGACAAAACGUUCUCCAUAGAGGAUUCGAGCGCCCUCCUCGUCGCAGGCGCCAUGCGCGAUCCCAACAUCAACAAGACAAGCCCCCCAGGUUCCGCCGGCUCAAACAGGAGCGAGAGAACGCGCGCAUCAACGGAAGUAGUGGCAUAAUCGAAGCCGUGGGUGGGCAACCUCAGUCAGCUCCUCCAGCCCAGAAUUCAAUGCAAGACGGAACACCAAACGUACCCACUACCGCCGGCGUCGCGAAUACAAAUCACAACAUCUCCGCAACCACCAAUAACAAUAGCAGCUAUCUUGGGGGUGGGAACAUGAAUUUAAAUAGUCACCACCACCACCAUUACCACCACGGAAACUCCGGCAUGUCCCAUUCUCAGCACCACCAUAACCACAACCAGACCGGUGGUGCCAAAUCUCCAGACGUCUCCAACCAGAACUCUGACCAGGCUAACGAGGAAUGGGAAACUGCCUCCGAAAGCAGUGACUUUGCAGAAUUUCGUGAUAGGGAAGGUGGUGGUGGUGGUGGUGGUGGUGGAGGAGGAGGUGGUGGAGGAGGUGGAAAAUCCUAUCCCUCCUAUCACCAUCACCAUCCUUCAGGAAGAGGAAGUGGUGGAGGGGGAGGAGGUGUCGACCGAGAGAUAACUACUAAAGAAUCUUCUGCCAAUAAGAGGAGCUUCUCCAGCCAGCGGCCUGGAAUGGAAAGGCAGAACCGGAGGGUCGGUGCUGGUGGCAGUGGUGGUCGAGGUCCCAGAGGUCCACCACCCAGUGGUGGACCAGGUGGUGUUUCGGGUAACGGAGGGGCCAAUCGGGGUGAGAGGCGUGGCAACUGGCCAUCUCCCAAGAACAGGAAGUGAAUUCCCCUAGCCCUUUUAAUUUAGCAACAUUUCAGAUUCAUCCUUCUUUUUCUCUUUGUACUUAUCUCUCGAAUUCUCAUCCCCUAACAUAUUAUUAUUAUUAUUAUUGUUAUUAUUACUAUUGUACAAGAUAUAGUCAUAAAGCUGAUGUACACACUCAUUCUAGCACCCUUGGUUUAAUGUUUCUUGUCUUGUCCCUUUUUAUUUGUUCAUACACACCGACCACCCACACCCCAAGUUCCACUCCGAUUAGACGUCACGUUAUCUUAAUUAACCCUUCAGAUAUUAAAAAUAUAAAAAGUAAAAAAAAAAAAAA